GCACCACCCUCUCUCCCCUGGCUGGCUGUGAGGGACCGACCAGUAACUUGAUACUCGUAGACGAGUGGUCCAGACGAGCCCGCAAACGAGGCGUUCCCAGCCGCCCUGAUCAGUUCGAGAGAUAUCCAUCUCCUCCGUCCGCCAUCUCUCAGCACCGGGGGGAACGAUCUCCGUCCACUGGUCACAGGAACAACCAACUAUAGACGCCGAUGACCCGUGUGUUGUUUUUAAUGUUUUCUUGAAUAAAAAACGACACAGGACGCGCAGAACUAACUGGCUAGCUGUGUGGCUAGCAUCAGUUAGCUUGGAUAGCAAUCAGCUUUUAAUAUACUCGAAUUAACUUGAAGGUGUUUUUUGCAAUUUUGCUGGAUUUCGAGAAGAGAAGGUGGAUAUUUUUUAUAAUUGUCUUUAAUUACAACACAUGUUUUAAGGUGUUGGUUAUUUUAGCGAUAUAAGGGCAGCUUUGCCUAAGUUUUGCAGCCCCAGCCAGACUGUCGCCUCGGGCAGCUAGCAUGUUAGCUGCUGGACACAUACGCUGUUUUGCGGACACUCACAGAUGGAAGAUCCGCCGCACAAGAUAGCUGCUCGGCUUAUCUGUCCGCUGCGCACGGGGCUCCGAAGCGGGACUAAUUCACUUCCUUUUGGCUAUAGUUAUUAGUCCACCGACCCCAGCAACAAGAACAAGAGUAUUAUUUUGCAUUAUUUUUCCUCAAUGUGUUGUGCUGUGCUGUCUGGGAGAUCAGUUCGAGUUAUUGGGCUGACUUUUGAGGAAAUACGUGGAGAAACGGAGUAGAAGCUACAAUAGAAGAGGACCAAAACAAGUACAGCACGACUCUGAGGAAACCAAGUAACGAUACCAAAGUACGCCGUUGGGGCUGCGAGCCGAGCGGCGAUGAAAUCUCUAGCGAGAUUUGGGUUUUGCCUUGCGAUCCUCCUGACUUCUGUAGCCGCUGCGCAGGGCGAGGAGAGGGAGUGUGCCUUCACGGACCAGCUGCAGCAGUGGGAGGUGAAGCGAGUGGCGGAAGGCGAAGGCUGGGUUUCCCCAGAGAACACCACCAUUCGAUGUGCCAAGGGCAAGCACUGCUUUGGCCUGUGGGAGAAAACCCCUCCAGGUCAAUUACAGCUGGUCAAACAAGGUUGCUGGAGUCACCUAGCCGAUAACCAUGGCUGCCAUGACGACCGCUGUGUGGUGACCAACCUGCCCCCACAGAUCCAGAAUGGAACAUACCAUUUCUGCUGCUGUGGCAGCGACAUGUGCAAUGUAAAUUUCACCGAGGACUUCCCGGUGCUGAGCCCCACACCUCCACAGCCACUCGCUCAUGGAACACUGCGCCAUGAAGAGACAGUAAUUAUUGCCCUGGCAACAGUCUCCGCGCUGGUUGUGGUCGCUGUAGCAGCUUUCUUUGGUUACCGCAUGAUGCACGGAGGCGGCAAGCAAGGGCUGCACAACCUCAACAUGAUGGAGGCUGCUGGCUCCGAGAGCUCACUGGACCUCGACAAUCUCAAACUGCUGGAGCUGAUUGGACGUGGCAGAUACGGCACCGUGUUCUGCGGCUCCCUGGACGAGCGGCCAGUCGCAGUUAAAGUCUUUACAGCAGCCAAUCGGCAGAACUUCAUCAAUGAGUGCUCCAUUUACCGUCUGCCGCUCAUGGAGCACGACAACAUCGCUCGAUUCAUUGCUGCCGACGAGAGGACGGGCCCUGAGGGCCGCACAGAAUACCUGUUGGUCAUGGACUACUACCCACAUGGCUCUCUGAGUCACUACCUGAGCGUCCAGACGAACGACUGGGUCAACAGCUGUCGGUUAGCUCACUCCGUCACUCGAGGCUUGGUGUACCUGCACACAGAGCUCUUUAAAGGAGAUUUGUACAAGCCAGCUAUUUCCCAUAGGGACCUGAACAGCAGGAACGUCAUCGUCAAGGCCGACGGCACCUGCGUUAUCAUUGAUUUUGGCCUGUCCAUAAGGCUGACGGGGAACAGGCCACCACGCCACGGAGAGGAGGAGAAUGCUGCUAUAAGUGAGGUGGGGACAAUCCGCUACAUGGCUCCAGAAGUGUUGGAAGGUGCUGUGAAUCUGAGGGACUGUGAAUCGGCACUGAAGCAGGUGGAUAUGUACGCUCUGGGCUUGGUCUACUGGGAGAUCUUCAUGAGAUGUACCGACCUUUUCCCUGGAGAAUCAGUGCCAGAAUACCAGAUGGCCUUUCAGGCAGAGGCAGGAAACCACCCCACGUUUGAGGACAUGCAGGUCCUGGUAUCCAGGGAGAAGCAACGGCCAAAAUUCCCUGAGGCCUGGAAGGAGAACAGCUUGGCGGUUCGCUCUCUAAAAGAGACAAUGGAGGACUGCUGGGACCAGGACGCAGAGGCUCGUCUCACGGCACAGUGCGCUGAGGAACGACUCGCAGAGCUGCUUCUCAUAUGGGACCGCUCCAAGUCUGUCAGUCCGACCCUCAAUCCCAUGUCGACCACACUGCACAAUGAGAGGAAUCGCAUGACCCCCAAGUCAGGCCCGUACACAGACCACCCCUUCUCAUACAUUGAAGAGCACGAGGGUGUAGCUAAGAACCAGCAGGUGGACACCACCAGUUCAUUAACAGGCAGAGUUGGAGUGGGGACGGGAGACCGAAACAGGAAUUCCAUCAACCAGGAACGCCAGCAGCAAGCCAACGCCUGUUUGCCCAGCCCAGAGGGCAGCAGCACCAGCAUGGGCCUGAGAGGCAGUCCAUCAGCCUCCACUACUACUACAACCAUCAUCUCUGAGUCUGAAGGGCCAGCAGGGGCCAGCACAGUGCCUGUUUGCCUACACCUGACCCAGGAGGAUCUGGAAACCACCAAGCUGGAUCCUAAAGAGGUGGACAAGAACCUAAAGGAGAGCUCUGAUGAGAAUCUAAUGGAGCACUCGCAAAAACAGUUCUGCUCACCAGAUCCUCUGAGCCCUGGAAGUUCCAGCUUGCUCUACCCCCUCAUCAAGAUGGCCAGUGAGGCUACAGGAACAUCAGAGCCCGCUGCAGCUAUGCCCACUGCUAUCUUUCCCCUGCCUAAGCAGCAGAAUCUGCCAAAGAGGCCGUCCAGUCUCCCCCUGAGAAACAAGCCCACCAAGAAGGAGUCCUCAUCCUCCUCGCUCAGGUUUAAGUUCGGACGCUCGGGGAAGUCCAACCUGCGGCAGGUGGAGGGAACAAAGAUGAACAUUGGCGUAGCGAUGGGCCCGAACAUUGUCGAUAGACAGCCAAGAGCAAGCACUAACAACAUACCCGUUAUACAGGACACACAUGUCAACGGGGCUGUUAAUGGUCACGCCAGCGGGGGGAUCUCCUCCAUAGCGUCUGGUGGGGCAGGUGUAAUCCAAAAUGGCUCCCUGCCUCUCAGGUCGGACGAUAGCCGGCUGAGCCUGGGCGUGAUCACAGCCAGCCCAGACGAGCACGAGCCGCUGCUGAGCCGAGAUGAAGAGCAGUCCGACGCCAGGCCAGCGCCCACGGGUGUUGCUGCCCUGCGCUCGGCCCGGCCCAACACUAACAACAACAACAGCAACACCGGGCACGGCCAGGGGGACGGCAACAGCGGUGGGGAGAGCGAUGGAGGAGAGGAGGAGGGCAGCGCAGCGGGAACAAGCAGGGAGACUACAGGGGAGAGUUCUGGGUCGGGUUCCAUUUCAACAGACCCCCCGAGGGACUCUAGUGUCACUAUGAGAGGAGAGGCGCUGCUCAGGCAGCCCAGAGUUCGCAGACCAGAGAGACCCAACUCUCUGGACUUGUCGUUCACCACACAGGACCUGUCCUCUUUAGGAGAGGGCCUGGUGAGACCUGAUGCAGCCUUGGGGACAGGAGAGAAAAUCAAGAAGCGCGUUAAAACGCCUUACUCUCUUAAAAAGUGGCGACCCACCACAUGGGUCAUCUCCACAGACACCCGGGGUCCAGAGGUCAACAACAACGGGUCCACCCGAGGGCAGGGCCAAACCGAGAAUAGGCCCAAGUCCACUUCUGCCAUCUACCUGCAAGGCAGAGGCUUGGCCAACGAGCCCAGUGAUACACAAGUGUGAAUUCAGAGACAAGCAAAAAUAAUUCAAAAAACAAAACCGUGGCUCUGCUCUGAAUCAGCAAGAGGACGCUGUGGAGUGUGUCGCCAUCUUGUACAGUAAUUAGGUCUGUGACUACCUUGUGUCUUUCUGAUGGCAUUGCUUUAAAUGGAAUCCAGCUAUGCAGCGUUCUCAUUCAUUUCGCUCCAUCUCCCUUUGUUGGUUUCUUUAGGUUUUUCCCUCAUAAGCAUUGCAGUUAAUCAAAUGGAUUUAUUCUUACUCCUGACGUACACUUUGAACCUACUAAAAAUCAGUGUUUCUAAGCCGCGUCAGUUGUGACCUCCAUAAAAGUGGUCUCUAAACUUAAAUAGGCGAUGACAAACAAUCAACACUGUCUUACAUUGCUGUGUGAAUAGGGUUGGGCAUCGUUUGAAUUUUAACGAUUCCGGCUCCGAUUCCUCGUUUCCAAUCCGGUUUCUAGUGGUUCUCAAUUCUGGUACUUCUAGGAGGCAGGGUCAAAAAAAGUGCAGUGCUAGGCUGAGUGUCGGAGCCUGAGGAAGAGGCAGGGUCAAAAAAAGUGCAGUGCUAGGCUGAGUGUCGGAGCCUGAGGAAGAGGCAGGGUCAAAAAAAGUGCAGUGCUAGGCUGAGUGUCGGAGCCUGAGGAAGAGGCAGGGUCAAAAAAAGUGCAGUGCUAGGCUGAGUGUCGAAGCCUGAGGAAGAGGCAGCGGAAGAAGGCCGGUGCAGUGCGUCAAAGACGGGGCACUCAGUUACUUCUGCACCAUGAAUCCAGAGGUGUUUAAUCAGGUUGGUUGUGCUCCUUCCUUUGCAUAAUAUAAUCUUACAGCAAGUGUUGCACUGAGCCAACUGGUCAUUUCUUUUGUUUAAGUUAAGCCACAGUUUUGAUCGCUAGGAAUCAAAAUUUUAAAAUUUGAAUGAUUCCGGGAGAAUCGGAAUUUAGUCCCGGUUCUAAUCAGUUCUCAAGACUCGAUGGCCAACCCUAUGUGUGAAGCUCAUAUAUUCUAAGCUCUGUAAAAAGAAAAUAGAUUUAAUGUCUUAAAGACGGAACAAACUACUUUUUUUUUUUAUUAUUUCCUUGAUCUGUAUGCAAUACCAUUUGUCUUUUAACCAUGUAUAUGUUUUUGUACCAUACUUUUUAACUGUGCAAUAGGAUGUAGUUUUUUAAUGUUUUUGAUGUUUUAUGGCUUCCAUUUUUUUCUCUCAUCCAUAUUUUGAUACAUCAAUCUUUGUUGCACUUAUGAAAUGUCAAAAUCGUUUUUGUUUUGCUUUAUUUUAACAAUCUACAAGCUAUAUCUGUCCCCAUGAGCUCAAGAGGAGAAAAUGGAUGACAAUCCUCUCUUUUGCUUCGACUCUGAGCCGUUUUUAAAGGGGGGACACAAACAAGAACAAUCAACCCAAGCAGACUGGAAAUGUGGGUUCUCUCACACUGCUGUGUUCUUAACUCUAGAAUCAUCUGAAUCAAACUUUUGGAGUGAUCUGUUACAUCACCCGACCUCACUGUGGACUGACUGAAACACCACAAAGCCCAGAUUCUGCUGUUUGCGUUUAAAACCAGAUACUUUAAAAAAGAAAAAUAACAGAAGCAUGCUGGAUAUUAUUUCUGCUUCUAGUUCUCAUGAUGUUUGAAUGACUGAUUCAACGUGUGUGUGUGUGUGUGUGUGUGUACAUACGUGCUUAAGCUCUUUGUCAGCAAACAUGCAGUGCCUUGGAAAAGUAUUUACCCCCUUUGGCAUUUUUCACAUUUUGUUGCCUCCCAACCUGGAAUUAAAAUCGAUCGUUUGAGAGUUUGCACCAUUUCAUUUACAGAACAUGGCUACAAAAGUUUCGGCAAUUACUGCUCCAGUGGGUUUGGAUAAGUAUGAGCUUGCCACAUCUUACCACUGGGAUUUUUGCCCAUACCUCAAGGCAAAUCUGCUCCAAACACCUUCAUCUUGGAUGAUUUUUGCCUUUAAACAGUGAUCGUCAGGUUUAACAACACAGUGUCAAUUAGAUUGAGGUCUGGACUUUGACUAGGCCAUUUUGACACAUUUAAAUGUUUCCCCUUAAACCAUCUGAGUGUUGGAAGGUGAACCUCCUCAGCCUUAAAUCACAUGCAGACUGAGUGGUUUUUACUCAAGAAUAUCUCUGCAUUUUGCACCAUCCAUCUUUCUCUCAACUCUGACAAGUUUCCCAGUUCCUUUGGCUGAAAAACAUUCCCACAGUAUGAUGCUGCCACCUCCAUGUUUUACUGUGGGUAUUGUGUCCUUGGGUUGAUGGGGUGCGUUAGGUUUGUGCCAGACAUAAAUGUUUCCUUGGUGGCUGAAAAGAUACAUUUAAGAUUUAUUUUAUAGAAACAGUAGACAUCAAUCAUGCAUCGCCCUCCUGCCUUGAUGUGAGGGCGACAAACAGCCGCCUGCUGCAACCAGGUCUGUAAGGAAGGAAAAACAGCGACCACAUUUUGCUGAAGGAAAGUUUUUAAAACUCCAGCCAAGCCCAAAGAUUGUGAUAGUUUUUUUUUUUUAUAACUCCACCCUGACUUGUACUUCUCAACAACUUUGUCCCUGACUUGUUUGAAUAGCUCCUUGGUCUUCAUUGUGUGGUGCCUCUUAGUGGCUUUGCAGCCUCUGGGACUUUUCAGAAAUGCCACGUUUAUACUGACAGAUCAUGUGACACUUAGAAUGCACACAAGUGGACUUCAUUAAUUAUGUGACUUUUGAAGGUAACUGAUUGCACCAGAACCUUUUAGGGCAUUUCCUACUUCAUUUCACCAACCUAUUUUGUGCAGAUCUAUCACAUAAAAAGUGCAAAAAAACCAUUUAAAUUACAAGUUGGAAUGUAACAAAAUAGGUAAAAAGUCGGGGGUUUGAAUACUUUUGCAAGGUAUGUAGAGCCGUCACAGCCUGUACAGGCGUGCUUAUGUUUGUCAUACUUAUCCUUAUUCUGUACUGUCAGCGCUGCUUCAGGGCAUAUGACAAAAUCUCAUUUAUGUUUUUGUAGUCUGUAAUUUGUAUUAAAAAAAAGUUGUGUAUUGCAUUAAUAUUUGCUUAUUUUUUUUAUGAAAUUCUGUUGUGCAUUCAAUGGAUUCCAUUGCUAUGCAUCUGCUUGGUACAGUUUCUGUAAACACUUUCAAGUCAUUAUGGAAGAAAUCUCAAUAAAUAUAUGAAAUAAU